AUGGGGGAGGCGGAAGGAAGGUGCGGGCCCCGGGAGGGACGAUCGGCCCCCAGUACCUCUCUACACCAUCGGGACCCCUCCAAACACAACAUGGAGAAGAGCUGGAGUCAAAUGACCGAAAAAAUAAUAAACUUGGCCUUAGAGAUCAUCUACCUGCUGACCGGAGAGGAUUAUGGACCCAUAAAGAAGGAAUCGGGUGAUCAUGUGACACCCCAAAGCCAGCCUUGUGUGUCUGAUUUAGAAAACAGAACCUGUAGCUCCAUCAUGGACCCUCCACCUCCCUCCCUGACACCAGAGAGGAACCACAAGAAGAUCCUAGAUGUCACCCAGAAGAUCAUUGAUCUGCUGACAGGAGAGGAUACAGACUGUAUAGCGCUGGAUAACAAACUCCAUCAUGGCUUCAAGCUGGAAACAUUCCGGCCAAGCAGAUCUUCAGAUGGAUCCAGUAACAGUAAUACCCCGGAGAGAUGUCCGUGGAGUGAAGAGUCCGGUCACGUUAAAGAGGAGGAGGAUGACUAUGGCAGCCCAGAGCAUGACGAGUGGGAGGAGUCGGAUGACCUCAGAGACGACACAGAAGAAGUCUUUCUCAAGGUGAAGGUAGAGGACGUCAGUGAAGAUGAGUCCGGAGACUUCGCUUCUCCUGAGAACUGUCCGCGUCCCACGUCUGCCAGAGGCUGCAAGGAGGAGGACGACUCUGCAGGCUGCAAGGAGGAGGACGACGACGACCCUGCAGGCUGCAAGGGGGAGGAGGAGGAUGACCCUGCAGGCUGCAAGGAGGAGGAAGAGGACGACCCUGCAGGCUGCGAGGAGAAAGAAAUGACCAUCCUAGAGGUGGACGUCUCCACGCAGGCAGAAGACGAGGCCACACUGGAAGAAGCCGGAACAGGUCCAGACAGUUUGCCCCAAAAUGUGAAAGCAUCAGACUCUCCUAGCAUGGGGCGUGGCCAAGGCUCUCCCAGUAUUGCUGCCAUUGGUGAAAGCCCGCCUGCUAAACGCAUGCCCCCCAAUGAGGAGAGGCUUAUUCACAACCCAAUGCAGGGCAGCUUUUUCGGCAACUUGGACAAGACUCGGCGCAACGCCGCCAAAAACACCUUCCUAUGUAGCCAGUGCGGGGAUGGCUUUGCCACCAGGGCCCAACUCUGCGCCCACCACAGGACUCACACGGGGGAGAAGCCCUUUGUUUGCACCGAGUGCGGGAAGGGUUUCACCCGUAACACAAUCUUGGUGGAACACAUGCGGCUGCACACGGGGGAGAAACCUUACUCUUGUUCCGAGUGUGGGCAGAGGUUCAUCAGCAAUGGGCAACGCAUCCGACACGAGCGGCUACACUCGGGCCAGAAGCCAUACGUGUGCGACGUGUGCGGCAAAGGGUUCACCCGCAACACCAUCCUGAUCGAGCACACGCGCAUUCACACCGGGGAGAAGCCUUACGCGUGCGUGGAGUGCGGAAAACAGUUCACCACCAACUCCCAGCUGGUCAAGCACAUCAAGUACCACCGUGACGAGAAGCCGCACGUCUGUUCGCACUGCGGCAAGCGCUUCAUCAGCAAUGGCCUGUUGGUUAUUCACCAGCGGAUUCACACGGGCGAGAAGCCUUUCAUCUGCCGGGAAUGCGGGAAGGCCUUUGCCAGAAACGCUAUCCUCCAGGAGCACAUGAGGAUUCACUCUGGGGAACGUCCAUUCGAAUGCAAAGAGUGCGGGAAACGUUUCGCCAGUAACUCCCAUCUGGCUAAGCACCUGAAGAACCACACCGGAGACAAGCCCCAUGCCUGCCCCGAGUGCGGGAAGCGGUUUAUGUGCAACGCCCUGCUCAUCAUUCAUUGCCGAAGCCACUCCGGGGAGAAGCCCUUCGUGUGCAAUGACUGCGGGAAAUGUUUCGCCAAGAAGGGCAGCCUGGUGACACACCGGAGGAUUCACACCGGGGAAAAACUUUUUAUCUGCACGGACUGUGGGAAGGGUUUCACUCAGGGUUCCGACCUGGUGUCCCACCGGCGGAUCCACACAGGGGAAAAGCCCUUUGUCUGCCAUGAGUGCGGGAAGUGUUUCGCUCAGAACUCACAACUGUCCGUCCACCAGAAAAACCACAAGGGUGAAAAGCCGCACGCUUGCACCAUCUGCAAAAAGAGCUUCACCACCAAGGGAAGCCUCACCGCCCACCAUAAAGUACAUACCGGGGAGAAACUCUUUGCCUGCCCGGUGUGUGGCAAGGGCUUCACAAGCAACUCUAAGGUGAUUAUUCACCAGAGAUCUCACACGGGAGAGAAACCUUUUAUCUGUACACAAUGCAGAAAAGGGUUCGUCAGCAAUUCGGUCCUCGUGGCUCAUAGGAAGCUUCAUGAGGCCAAAAGACUGUAA